AUGGAUUCUUUGGGUAAGAAACUAAACAACCUCUCUUUGUACGAGGUCAAGGCAUAUGUCAGAAAAGCACAAAAUGCAGUACUCAAUUUGAGUGAAAUCGAGGCCAAGGUUAGAGAGGCAACUAAUAACGAGCCUUGGGGUACGUCAACCAGUACUAUGUCUGAGAUUGCAAGAGGAACUUUCAGUUAUCCGGAAAGAGAAGAAAUCUGCGCAAUGAUCUUUAGACGGUUUACCGAGAAAUCAGCUCACGAAUGGAGACAAAUCUACAAAGCUCUUCAGCUGAUGGAAUACCUUGUGAAACACGGUUCCGAACGUUUUGUGGACGACGCUAGAGCUAACGUCAACCUUGUUUCAAUGCUCAAAUCUUUCCAUUACAUAGACUCAAAGGGAGUCGACCAGGGAAUCAAUGUCCGUAAUAGAGCCAGAGAAUUAAUUGCUCUCCUGAACGACGAAUCUAAGAUUAGACAAGAAAGAAAGAAAGCCAAGGAGAAUGCAAAGAAGUUUGGAGCGGUUUCUUCCAACUCUGCCUUUGUGGGAUCGUCUUCUUUCAGAAGAACUGGUUCUGCCUCUGCAGAUUAUGAUUACGACGAGGACGCUGGAUAUGCUGGAAGAGUGUUUGGAGACGGAGGUGUUUUCGGUCAAAGAUUCGAGGAACAGACUCCUGCAGGCGGCUCUCGGAAGUUUGAAGAGUACGACAUUGAGGAACCAUCCACUACGAGAAGAACAAGCAAGCCGUCCGUUCAGGCUUCCUCGGUCACUGCAACAACACAACCAAACGUUGACCUGUUCUCCUUUGAUGACAAGCCAGCUGCAACUUCGACUGCCUCUGGUGCCGCAGAGAAUGGCGAUGACGACGACGAAGAUUUCGACGAUUUCCAAAGUGCAUCUGCUCCUGCCGUUGCUCCUGCACAGGCGCAGUCCACCAAUCUUGCUGACCUUUUGAGCGCAUCGUACAGUCAGCCUGCAACCUCUACACCAACGCCAGCGUUCCAGGCGCAGCCAACUCCAUCCUUUUCGGUCCCUACUCCAGCAAUUGCGCAACCCAAGAAACAAGAUGACCUGUUUGGAAACCUGCUUGUUUCUGCCAAGUCCAAAGCCCACACUCCGUCUUCUUCAACUACUCCGGCUAAAGCUGCCACUGCUUCGCCUCAGGCUGCUGCUGACGACGAUUUCGGACUUUUUUCGCCUGCUCCAACCCAACAGUCUAACGGUGCCACUUCCGGAAACAGUCAGAAUAACGGAACCGUGGACCUGCUUUCAUUUUAA